AGUUUGAAGGGUGCCCUCCCGUCCGGCAGGGAACCUGAGGCGCCCGCCGGUGCAUCGUGGCAGGCAAUGCGGAGUCAGCUGGCAGAGAUUGUUGGGAGCCUGGAGGGGCACCCCAGGGUGACAGCCACCCGCCGUGGUUAACGGCUCGGGGACAGGAGGCGGGUUGAUUAGUUGCUGGAGGAUUUUUUUUUUUAUCGUUGCUUUUUUUUAUUUAUUUUUGUAUUUUAUGUGGGUUCCUGGUGUUGUAUGGAAGCGCUGCAGGCAGCCAGUGCCCAGCUCAGGAGGUGACCGCGUGCUGUGUCGUCUGUGGAAGGUGAAGCACACGAGGAGGAGCGCGUCGGACAGUGCUGCAGGACAUGGCCCAGCGACCAUGGCGAAGGACGGGGCUGAAGCUCCCCACCCCGGCAGCCCUUGGGGUGCUGCUGGCCCUGGCCCUGCUGGCCCUCGCCCACCUGCCCCCACCGCCAGAGCGCUCCCCCCACCCACUGCCAGCAUCGUCCCCUCCAGGUCCCCAGUGGCAGGCGGCUGCCCCCCUACCUGGGGGACGAGCCCACGGUGAGAGGCUCCCCAUACCCCCCACUCACCUGCAUCGGGACCAGCCCCCUGGCCGGGGCAGGAGGCGGUGGCAGGGGAUGGUGGGGGAUACUCCCCCGUGGCUCUCUGACGACGACCUCCAGAAGAUGCAGCUGCUGGCCAGAGGGCAGGUGGUCUCCAAAACCCGUGUCCCAGCCCAUGGGCAAGUUCUGAGAGUGGGGCUGCGGGCUGUGGGGGAUGCCGAGGGAGACGCCUUGCCAGCCAGCCCAGAGGAGGAUUGCCAGGAUGGGCGCUGUGGGCUCAUCAAGCGCCCCAGGGAUCUCUACGAGGUGCUGGCCUUCCACCUGGACAGGGUGCUGGGGCUGAACCGCAGCCUGCCCGCCGUGGCCCGGCGCUUCACCAGCCACCUCCUGCCCUACAGCUACACUAAUGGCUCCCUGCGACCCAUCAUCUGGUGGGCGCCCGACCUCCAGCACCUGGAGGACGCCAACAAUGACCAGAACUCCUGCGCCCUGGGGUGGCUGCAGUACCAGGAGAUGUUGCGGCCCCACAGAGCGACACUUGUGGCUGGGAAUGCUCCCUGCUCCAGCAUCCCACGUGGUGAAUGGAGCCGCCUGGCCCUCUUCGACUUUCUCCUCCAGGUUUAUGACCGCCUGGACCGCUACUGCUGUGGGUUUCAGCCUGACCCCUCAGAGCCCUGCGUGGAGGAGAUGCUCCACGAAAAGUGCCGAAACCCGGCAGAAUUGGUCCUGGUCCACAUCCUGGUCCGGAAGAGUGCACCAUCCCGCCUGGUGUUCAUCGACAACGCGGGCAGGCCACAGCACCCCGAGGAGAAGCUCAACUUCAGGCUCCUGCAAGGCAUAGACAGCUUCCCGGCGGCGGCGGUGGCCACGCUGCAGUCGGGCAGGUUGCAGAACCUGCUGCUCGAGUCGCUGUGCGUGGACCGGGAGCUCUGGGAGAGCCAGGGAGGUGCCGAGGGCCUGAGACCCCUGCUUCGGACCAUCGACAGGCGGGCACGCGUCCUGCUGCGAUACAUCCAGGAGCACAACCUGACGGUGUUCGGGGACUCGCUGCACUGAACCAACCUCCGGCCGGCACAGCGUGCCUGCCUUGCAAAUCCCGGUGGUGACAGAUACACCUCACAGCCUCGGCAUGGGUGAUGUGAGGCUGCGUGUGGGUGCUUGCCUCUCAAAAAGGUGUUCCCCCCCCUCCCUUCUUUGUAGGAUGCCCUGGAAAAGGUGAUGGGAUCGCAGGGAUUAGGAAAGAGGCAGGAGAGACGUCUCCUGAAACAACCCACAACUGUUUGAGCAAGGCAACAUUUAUCAAGUGAUGGUCUCAGCAUGGAUUUUCAAAGGAGGGGCACAUCCAUGAGAUUUUUUUUGGGUGCCUUCACCCCCUCCACCCCAGCAAGUUUUGAAAAAGGGGGGCUUGGACAGUUGAACAGCCUAUGGGGACCCUGGGAAGGGUUAAAGAAGCGAUGAGAGGCACUGCUCAAGGCUGGGGGAAGUCACUGGCAGUCUUUCCGUGGCUUGCACUGGGCUUUUUUGAUGAUGCCUUCACUGUUUCCAACACAUUACAGGCAGAGAGGCUGGAGUGGCGUGGGGGAAAGCAGAGGGGAGCUUUCUAAGUGGAUUAAGCAGGGACAAGUCAUCUGAGCUGAGCUCUUGUCUUUCCCCCCACGGAGGAGGUGAUGUGUGCCUGGCAGCGGGUGUAAACCACUGCCCAAAGCCGGGGCUAGGCAGGUCCCCGCACCGCAGGCAGCGCCUGGCAGCGGCUGCCCGUGGCGCCGUCCCCGUGUGCCGUGUGCUGUGCGCCGUGUGCCGUGUGCCAUGUGCCGUGCUUCAGCAGGGCUGGGCUGCUGCCAAGGUGCAUUUUGGUUGUGGGAUUUGAAGGUUUCAAUCGCUCGCUCGCUCUUUCCCUUCGCUGUCAGGGGUUUAAAAGGCAAACCUACCCCGAGCUCUGCUGCUCGUGAAAAGCGCUCCUUCCUGCUCUCUUAGGCACGGCUGCGUGAAAAUCUUUCCAAGGCUUGCAGAAAAAAAACCUUCUAACAAAAAUGCCAGGCUAUUUCUGCAUAAUGCAAUUGAGUGCAAAAUGCUUUCUGAGCAUGCUGGCACCUCCAGCAGAGCCCAUCCCGCUCCUGUCACCUCCUCAGGCUCUCGCCCAGCAGCCCACUGUUGAUGGGGCACAGCAACAUCCCAGACAAGCAAGUCCUCAAGUGUCAGGGCCGAGAGAAAAUUCAAAAGCAAAAUGAACAGGAGGAAAAAAGAUACAGGGACGGGCCCUGUCAGAGCCUCUCUCGCUCUCCGUGGCAUGUUUCCCUCUUGAGGCAUGCAGUCAGUGCUUGCUUGCCAGAAGCAGCCGGCUCCCAGCCUCUGGGCUGGUGGUUUGCCACCAGGAGAAGGCUUUUUAAAGGGGCCUCAGGGAGCACUCCUCCAUUUCUCCAGCGCUACAGGUGGAGCCUCCAUGCUUGAGGCACCUCAAGUCACUCAUGCCCUUGGAAAGUCUUGGUGAGACUGGCGUGGGCGCCCAAGCUGCGCUGCUGUCCUGUUGUCCUAGUUUUGGAGAAAACGGCCACCCAUGCAGUGAGAGAGGCAGAAACGUCGGGCAUCGAUGCCUUCCCCACUCCAUCCCUCGCAGCACCAUCUCAGUUUUAGAGCCUUCAAGGGCAUACUUUAACACCCAUGCUCAUAAGGACAAGCAAUCACCCUUUUUCCCUUUUCCUCUUGCUGAAGAGAAGAUGAAGCGAGCCAUGGGUGACAUGAAGCAACAAGUUCGAGCGCUCUCAGAAAACAUCAGCACUCAACAUCGUGGGCGCAUCAGCAUCCAGAGCAUCAGCAGUAUCAUCUUCCUGGAGUGCUGCCCUCCAGUUAGCCACGGAAAGCCUUCUCCCCCAGCACUCUCUCCAGCCCAUGAGUUAUCACCCCGUUUGCCGCGCCAUGGGAUGGAGGACUGCUGGGGAAGCCCCACGAAAGCCCACCUCAUGGGGAUUCAUUAUGGGGAGGUGAGCUUAGCCUGUAAGCAUAGAGGAGACCAAGGUAACUCAUCCUGGGUCCUGUGAAAAGCCAGGCACAGGCACAGCCUUAUAUGAACAAACGAGACUAAUAAUGUAACAUAAUUAAAUCCAGAAAAAUAUGGUGUGAAAAGCUACGUGGUAACAAGAGCAUUAGUUAGGAUGCGUAGCAUCAGUCAUAGCCUUGUUUUUCUCAUUAAAAUGAGAAAUUUCAUUAAAAGAGAGAUUUUCAUCCCAUGUAAGCCAAGUUCUCAGCGAGAAGCGAGAGGAAGGUGGGGCACUGCGUGGUGGCCAAAGCUGUUGACUUGGCUGUGCUGGAACAGCAGCGUUUGCCUUGCCUCCAGUUGCAUCUCUUGCCUCCGGUUGCAUCUGCUUGACCUUAACAUUGCACAAGGUAGUGGGGAUUUUUCUAGGGUUUUUUGCAUUUCUUUAGUUGUAACAUGUGACUUUGCUGGCGAAACACAUAUGGGAACAUGUGUAAGCAGUUACGCACGUGAAAAAAAAAAAAUAGCUCUUGAUUUAACAAAGAGCCAUGUAUGGAUAAAUGAGAGAAGCAAAAGCCAUGAUCUUGCUGAGACUGAUCAUUAGUCUCCUCUAAUUAGUCAUUUUUUCCAUGGGCUUGCCUAUGUAGCCAGCAAAGCGUGCAGGCUCUGAGCUGUGGUCAUGGCCGUUCAGAGAAAUCCCGUGGACUGCUCUGGCCGUAUCAGCCUCUACCACGUAGUGUCGGGUUCGGUGUGCUCCAGCUGUGAAUGUGUCAUAAUGCAGUUUUAUGAUGCAGUUGUAAAAAUUCACUCGGGGCCGUGCUUGACAAAGAAGAGCUCAUCUCAGGAGUGAUCCUGUUUUAACCAGAUUUCACUGGGCAUCGUCACGGAUCCUGCUGGGGUGGGGUAACAGAAAAAGGACAUGGUCUGAGCUGGCUGCGGAGCUGGGCAGAACUGCUUUGGCUUUAAGAAGGCAGCAGCAGCAGCUAAGCAAGCAAAAGAACUGUGGAGAAACAAGUUAAGUCACCUUCCUUUGGCUUGCAAUGCUGAGCAGAGGCAAUUUCGGUCCCAGCAGAGGCAAUUAAAUGCAACCACCAUCCUACCAAGGAUGCUCUUGCUAGCAUCGCUGGUGACGGGAUGGAGGAGAGCAGCAGCAAGGAGCCAAGACCUUUGGGAAAGUGAAGCCGUCUGCAUGUGAGUGCCCCGGGGGCCCAGCAGCACGGGCACGAGGCACCGCUUGCUCCGCGCGUCGCCCCAAAAGACCCAUGGCGAAAGCCUGAUGCAGCCAUCUUCCGCCUUUGCUCUUCCCUUUGUCACGUCAAGAGCUGCCGGGAAAGCCCAAAGCCCCUAAGGUUCUCCCCGAGGUGGCAGGCAGUGCUCCCACGGGGGCUCCUUGCAGGAAGGCAUCCCUGCAGCACCCUCACAUGUUUGGCACCGUGGGAAUAUGCUGCUCGCUGCCAGCGCUCAGGGAGUAGCAUCUGAGAGCACGGGCACGCACCCUCGCAGGGCUUAAUGAAGAGAAGAUUCUUUCCUCCCACAGUGAGCCAAGCGGCAUGAUCUGCGUUUAACAGGCCUCUGGCUGUGCACCCCCCUUCAGCUGGCAGAAAACAGGGCUGGGGGAAGGAAGGCUGGGGCCAAAUUGGUUCCAGCCAACUGAACGCAAGCACACGCGUGCGUGCACGCAAACACGUGCGCCACCCCACCCAUGUGUGUGUAUGCACCCGCCCACCCACCGCCGUGCAAGCAUGCACCCAGACAUGCAGGUAGCAUGCGCACACAUGCAUGCACACCCCUCCCAUGCACACCUGCACACAGACACCCACCCAGGACCCCCCCCCCCCCCGACACAGGCACACUACUCCUUUUCAGCCUGUUCUUACCUCCCCCAAAGCCGGUGACCCCCAAACCCUCGCCAGCAGCCUGCUCCAGCGCUUUGCUGGCCUCACCCUCCAUGAACUAAAUGCUUUUUUGCUGCAUUUAAGGGCCACUUCUUGAGCUGCCUGUUGUGGCCCCAGGACACCAAAAAACCCUUGCAGCAGCCCCGUACAGACCUCGCAGAGCAGCCUGAGCACCCACGGAAGCACCCACUGGCUGGGGACCACAUCAGUGAGGUAGCACUCGGGGGUGGCACUCGGACACCCCACAAGAUGCUUGGCAAAAACUGCCCAAGCGUCCCCAUGCCCACGUGGGGGAAGAAUGGGCUGGCUGCUGCCUGAAAAGGCGAGAGCUAGCAAGUAAAUCCAAAUUUAUCGUUAAAUCGCUGGAUAUAAAAGUAAUCUGGCUUUUAGAAAGCAAUUUAUUUAUGCUUUCAGUACUUGCUUAAAUAUUUAUGCAGAAAAGGAAAAAAAAAAUCCACUCUGACAUAGGACUAUCGUUGUAGUGACAGCCUUUAAGAUUAAUGGAAGUAAAUUAACUUGACGUUUUAUUUACAUCCAGCAAAGCAAUAGAUAAACUCUCCUUGUGAUGGAUUUUCUUCAUUAGUUGGGCGAACGCCUAAGGUACAGCUUUUGACAUUGUUUCUUCCGAGCAGUUAGACAAACAGUUUAUCAAAAGAGCAUAAAAUUGUCAGGAAACAAAGCAGAUUAAUGACCAGUAAAGGGAAGAUCAUUGAAUUUAUGAUAUAAGUAGCAGUACUACUGGAGCCUAAGGAAUGGCUUAUUAGAUAAGCGACAUGUACACACACGGAGAAGCGCUGAGCCCCCCUGAAUCCGCCACCCUGGCAGUGGCUGCUCCCCAAAUUGUCCCUUCAUGGGGGAUCUCUGCACUGAGGCUUCAUCUCCCUCCUCCUUCCCGCCCCUUAGGUCCGGGUUUAUUCUGUAAUUCUCUCAUUAGAGCUUAUGAACAUAUUAUUUCCUCCCAAUUAAAAGCCUCUUAGACUGGAACGGCUUCAAGGAAGAU